ACCGAAGACCCCAGACGUUGUUUUCAAGAUUUUCGUGUCAAAGCUCGAUGGAAGCCAUGGGCAUAGGCAUGGAGAUGCUGCCGGAAGAUUGUGUAUCAACAAUUCUCGCCAACACGUCUCCACUGGACGCAUGCAGGUCUUCAAUGGUGUCAUCCACCUUCCGGUCAGCGGCAGCGUCCGAUGUUGUUUGGGACGGGUUCUUGCCGGCCGAUUACGAGGAUGUUGUCUCCAGAUUGCUCACUCCUUUGACGUUUACUUCAAAGAAGAAGCUUUUUCUUCUUCUCUGCAAUCCGGUUCUCAUUGAUGGUGGUAAAAAGAGCUUCAAGUUAGAGAAAUCAUCUGGCAAAGUAUCAUACAUGUUGUCUGCAAGAGAACUUUCCAUAGCAUGGAGCAAUGAUCCAAUGCAUUGGAGCUGGAGAUCUAUACCAGAAUCAAGGUUCUCGCAAGUGGCUGAGCUCAGAACAACAGAUUGGUUAGAAAUUCGUGGCAAAAUCAGGACAGAAAUUCUGUCACCAAACACGACAUAUGGUGCUUAUCUUGUAAUGAAAAUCUAUGAUCGGGCAUAUGGGCUCGACCCAAUCCCGUCUGAAAUAUCAGUUGCAGUGGGCAACCAAAUAAGUAAAGGCACGGCUUAUUUACGACGUCGUGGGGAUGGGAAGAAACAACAAAUGGAGUCUCUGUUUUAUAGGAACCGCGUCGAAAUGUUGAGAAACAGAGUACAAGAAGAAGGAGGUGGGCGGGUCCCAAGCGAAAGAGGAGAUGGGUGGAUGGAGAUUGAGCUGGGGGAGUUCUUCAAUGGCGAAGCUUCUGAUCAGGAGGUGAAGAUGAGUUUGAUGGAGAUAAAGGGUUAUCAGUUGAAAGGAGGACUCGUCAUUGAAGGGAUCGAAUUAAGGCCCAAAGACUAGUGAAUUAAGGAUUGGAGAGAAAUGAAUUUUAAUUGAUUAUUUCAUUUAUUUUUUUUAUUAUAUAUGAUAAAUUGAAUGCAUGUAGAAGAAGAAAA